GACAAGGUGGGAGCCAUGUUCAAGACACGAUCUCCAUGUCCUGGUCUAGUCGCGAUGAACGUGCCGAAAGAUCUGGCGAUUGAGCCGUUAGAUCAUUCGCAGCUUCAGCGAAUCAAGAAUCAGCUUCCAAAAUCUAGCUCGAGGUUGCGAGCAUGCCUCCAGUGUCGCCUCAUCAUGACCAAGGAGCAGUUUCUCGAUCUUGGAUGCCCGAAUUGCCGAGACAGUCUUGGAAUGCAGGAGAAUGAAGCACGUGUGCUGGCCUGCACAACGGGAAGCUUCGCGGGAUUCUUCUCUUUAGUCAGACCCGGAUCCUUCGCGUCCCGCUUCACCGGCUUGGAGCGGAGCACGCCAGGCUGCUAUGCGCUAACGGUGCAUGGCAGCUUACCCGAGCUCGACUUGGAUGAGGAUGCCGACGAAUACGAGCCUGAUGACUUGGAAGGCGAAGUGGCAGAAGCGAGCCCUGUACCGCCCAAAGGUGAGGCGUCGCAGCAAAGUCCUGCAGUUGCCAGCCCAUCUUUGUCGGAAGAGGAUUUCGACAUUGAGAAACUGUUGGCUUCGCCCAUGGCCUCUCCGGCCCCUACAUUGGGUCGCCAGGCCGCUUCCUCCUCUCCCAGCCUGUUGGAGAAACAGGAGGAGGGGGCACCAAGGAAGAAGCGGCUGCGGAAGGCGAAGGCUGUUUGCAGUUUUCAUCGCCCGCAAGAUUGUGGUGCUUGUUGA